UAAGGGUGCUGAAUGGACCAAAGGAGCUGAAUGAACCAAAGGUGCUGAAUGAACCAAAGGUGCUGAAUGAACCAAAGGUGCUGAAUGGACCAAAGGAGUAGCAACUAAUGAAGUGUAAUGACAUCACGUAUAUCCUUUGGAACCUAGCUAAAGGACUAACGUCAGAAUUGAAAAUAAAAGAAAAAAAAAAUGGAGCAACCUGAAGCAAUAAUCCUUUUGUUUUGUUUCAUAGAAUUCCUAACAAACAAAUAAGUUGCAAAAAUAUUACAUUCCACAAAAAAGGUAAAUGAUACCAAAUACCUACAUCACCCAACUAGGACUCUAUGAUUUGGUCAGACUGUGUUUUCACGAAUUAACAGUACCAAAAACCUCAAAAAGAAAGAAAAAAAAAUAACUCCACCGGCUGAAAUGGGGAGGUUAAGGCGCCAUACAACACCUAUAUCAUCGAAUUAACAGAGUAAGACAUCUUUUUAAAAAUUCAGGUCACGCACAAUGAGGCCGUCAAACUUAAAAUAAUAAAAAAAUCAUUGCUACUUGUGAUUUGGUAUAAAAGCAGCUCACCAGGAAUGAGUUAAGCAUAUUCAGUUCAUCACUGUAAGCAAUCACAAAACCAAAACAAACAAACAAAAUGGCCAAAUUCAUCAUUGUCAUCUUCGCUCUUAUUGCCUGUGCUGUUGCCAAGCCAGGUGUACUUGCUCCACUUGCUGCUGCUCCAGUUGUUGCUGCCCCUGCUCCAUUGGCCUACUCUGCCCCAUUAGCCUACUCCGCACCAUUGGCUUAUUCUGCCCCAUUGGCUUACGCCGCACCAUUGGCUUACAAUGCUGCUCCAUCAGCCGCCGAAGGAAGUAGCCGCAUCGAUAUUCAAAACAACUACGCUUACGCCGCACCUUUGAGAUAUGCUGCCCCAGCUGCUAUCGCUGCUCCUUUGAGAUAUGCUGCCGCUCCAGCUGCUAUUGCCGCUCCAUUGGCCUACUCUGCUCCUUUGGCUUAUACUGCACCAAUUGCUAAAGUUGCUGCACCAGUUCUUUUGUAAAUCUUCAAAAGAUUUUGGUUGCCGCCCCUUACCGAGAAAAUGACUGAUGAAAAAGAAUAA